GUCAGCAGGGCUGGGGGGAGCCACACCGACCCCCCGCACCAACCCGCUGCAGCGUGGUGGGGGCCCGGGGGUCCCCGCCGUCCUGGCUGCGCCCUGCGGUGCCUGUCCCUGUCCCACCGGGGCUCCGCGCAGCGCUGGCACCGGCACCGCCUGAGCAUCCGCCUCCCGCUCCGCGUUGCCAAGCCAACGCCGCGGAGGAUGCUGGCAGCCCCUGCGCCAAGGCUGCCUCUGCAGCGUGGCGGGCAGCGCGCCCCACGCCUCUCCAUGGGGCACACGCCACCCUGUCUGCCGCCGCCAAGGCCGCGGGGCCGGGGACUGACCCACGGCCGCGUCCCUCCCAGGACCCCCGGCGCGGAUCGCAGCCCCCAGGCAGCCGGGCGGGAGCAUGGCCCAGCCGGACGGCGAGCGGGGGCCUCAGACGAUGGCACCGGCGGCCCCCGAGCUGGAGUGCAAGAUCUGCUACAGCCGCUAUGACGCCCGCGCCCGCAGACCCAAGCUGCUCCGCUGCGGCCACCGCCUCUGCGCCAAGUGCCUGCGCAAGAUGGUGGCACUGGGGGACGUGUCGCCGCGCCAGCUCCGCUGCCCCUUCUGCCGCCGGCACAGCCCGGUGCCCGGCGGGGACGUGCAGCGGCUGCAGGACGACGGCGAGGCGCUGGCACUGCUGAUAGGCCGUGAGCGGGCCAAGAAGCAGGGGGGUCCCUCCCGGUCCCCCGAAGUUCUCCUCUGCCCCAGCGUGCUGGAGCCCGCUCCCGGCCCCGACUGCCUGGUCGUCACCAUCCUGGAGGUGCCGGAGGACGUGGCCCCGCCGGAGGGCCUGGGCGGGCUGGAGGUGGUGCGGCUGUACCGGCCGGCCAGCCUGGGCGCGCUGCCCUGCCACGGCCCCGGGCAGAAGUGCCGCUCCUGGGGGUGGCGAGCCGUCCCCCGCUUCAUCCUGGGCGUCCUCUGCCUCCUCUACUUCAGCUCCCUGCCCUUCGGCAUCUACCUCCUGCUCAUCGAGCACCACAGCCUGGGCAUCAUCCUGGUCAGCCUCGUGCCCUCCACCCUCCUCCUCUGCAUCGUCUACAGCCUCUGCCAGUGUCUGUGCCGGGAGGUCUUUGGGUUCCCCCACUCCUGACUCUGCAGGGCCGAGCCUUGUGCCCGUGCCGGGGAGGCUUUGGGCACCUUGGGGCACUGUCCCUCGGGGUACGGGUGUUCCCCGACCCACGGCUGACUCACAGCUUGGAGGUCUGCCUGGACCACUGGGAGAUGCUCAGCGCCCGGUGCCUUCCCUUGCAGAACAGCGCGGGCUUUGCCAAGCGGGAGCCCCCACCGGCGCGGCUGCAGGAGCUCGUUGCAGCCUACAAGGAUUCGGGCCAGACCCCCGGUUCCUCGUC